AUGACCCAGGGGAAGAAAGGGGACAACCUACACGUGGAGGUAUCGGAUCUGGGAGUGGUUUCGGGGGCAAGACAUUGCUGUCACCUUGUCUGGGCGGGCCCCAACACAGGGACCGUGCAGCCGGAUCUUGCCGAACCGCCUACCCCGCCGCCGCUCUACGGGGAACAGACCGCCUCCGACCAGCCCAAAACCAGCGGCGGGUACAGUACACGGCGGAUGUGGCGGCCGACUUUGAUCACCAUUAUUUCGCCGUCUGGGGCCGUGCGGCGGGCUGUGGACCAGGGCAGGAUUCACAAUGCCCUCGGUGCCUAUUCAGCUGACUUGAGGCUAUUGAUACUGGGCUUCAAAGACAUGGGUUGGUUCUAUAGUGAGGCCCCGGGCAUCCUGGACAGCAUCCUGACCCUGAUUAGCAAUGCCUGCGCCGGUAAUCCGAAUCUCAAGUUCACUGUUGCCAAUGUCCCGCAGCGCAGCUUCGUGGGGGGCCGCGAGGAUCUGCCCAUCAGUAGUAAUAUCUAUAAUGCGCUGCGGCGGACCGCGAUUCCAGAGUGGAUCACUGCAGAUUCCCCCAUUUAUCUCGAUUCAAUUCAAUUCAAUUCAAGUUAUAACAAUCUCGGGAGGCCCUGA